AUGCUAUCACGGAGCCCGGUCCCGGAACAAACUCCCGCCCCGUGUAGUCGGCGCCGUCCGACCAAGAUAGCACUCGUUGACCGCGUGGCGCUUGUUUUGCUUAUCGGACUGGUCAUCUUUUACUUGUACAGCCCGAGCCUUAGCAGAGAUGCGGGCGGGGACUCGACGCAACACGGUCCCGGGAGCCUCAAGAAGCAUAUUUCAGAACCAAUCGAAGGCAGAAACGGCCACGCCGUCACCCCAACACGCGCCCGCAUCUGCCGCGUGAUCCGCCGGCUCCACGCUCGCCGCCAGCAGACGCUCCCAGCGGGGGACACCCCGGCCGCGCCGGUGCCGUACCCCGAACUCUUCGAGUACCUGGGACUCGAUCCAGACGCCGGGCUGGGCCAGGCCGCCGUCUCCAAGGCGUGGACCGCACGCCUCUUGGAACUGGACGCGGCCGACAGGCCCUGCCGAGAUGAGGCUUGCAGGUCAAACAACGCCGCGGCCGUUCGGCAGCUGAUGAUGGAGGGCUCUGACACGGGUGACAGCGGCGGCGUCGUUGAGGAAGAAGGGCUGAUCCACGCGGUAGCGUCGCUUCUGUGGGAGGACGGCGCCCGUGCUGAGUAUGUCAACCAUGUCCUGCCCGUGCUUAGGCCGACGGCGUCAAGGAUCCCGCUCUUUGGCCGUUCCAGUGGUGCCGGCUUUGAGGCCGUGUGCCCAGGUGACUAA